UGUAGAAUGUACAGUAGCAAGUAGGACAACUUAAGAAAUAUAAUGAUUACGGUAUACAUUUUCACCCAUCUCUUACAGCUUGUUCUUCCUGGUAUGAGGGCUCACAGUAUGCACCUUGGAGUACAGAUGGCAGCCAGUGCUUGUCUGUAUAACCUAACAAAACUGCAACUCGGGGAGGAGGUUCAUCCUUCCAUACUGAAGUCAAUGAUUGAGCUGACAUUAAAAGCCAUGCGCAAUUUUCCUGAUCAACAACAGCUUCAGAAAAAUGCGCUGUUAACCAUGUGUAGUGAUCGCAUUCUGCAGGAUGUGGAUUUUGAUCGCUUCCAAGCCUCUCGUAUGGUCAUGGAUUGCUUGUUUGCUUUUGAUGACCAGUCAAUGAUUCGAAUGGCAGUUGCUAUCUGCUCCAUUCUGGCUGCCAAGAUCUCAACUAAGCAGACAGCUGAACUGGGCACAAAGAGGAAUAUGCAGAAAUUACUGCAGAUUGUUAAGCAGAAAGCAGAUAUGCAGACCGCUGACAUAAUCCUGAAAUUUACUCUUAGCGCCCUCUGGAACCUGACUGAUGAAUCACCAUCAACAUGUGCUAUAUUUGUUAAUGAAGGUGGCUUGGAACUGUUUAUAAAGAUACUGGAG